CCCUUCUCAUUGGCCCUGUCCCUCCCCUGAUUUCCUGGGGACUAGAGAGAGGGAAUAAAGGCAGAGAGCAGUGGGAGGGAGCCUGCUUCUGCCGUGUGAGCUCUCUGGAUUGCUGCUUCCUCGAGUUGCACACCAUCAUGGAGACCCCUCUUGAGAAGGCCCUGACCACUAUGGUCACCACUUUCCACAAAUAUUCAGGGAGAGAGGGCAGCAAACUGACCCUGAGUCGGAGGGAACUGAAGGAGCUGAUCAAGAAGGAGCUGUGUCUUGGUGAGAAGAUGCAGGAGAGCAGCAUUGAUGACCUGAUGAAGAGCCUCGACAAAAACAGCGACCAGGAGAUCGACUUCAAGGAGUACUCGGUGUUCCUGACCACACUGUGCAUGGCCUAUAAUGACUUCUUCCUGGAGGACCACAAAUGAAGGCUCAGCCCCGCCCAACCUCCGCAGUGCCUCUCACAGCGCCCUGUGCCCUCCCUCCCUCCCUCCCCGAUGCACCCGGUCAGCUGUCCCGUUCAGCAGAGGAAAUAAAGAUUUUCCAUGGCAGGUG